AUGUCCUUCACAGCAUUGGUCUCACUACCGCCAGUAACCGGAGCUGCUGUUGUUACUGCGGUGACCCUAUAUCCUGUGGACAUCGUCAGAGCCAUGACCAUGUCUCAAGCCUCUGGGGUAAAGAUGAGCGUCCCCUCCCUCAUGAAAGAUUUUUAUAAUGCCCAUGGUAUGAAGGGCUUCGUCUCCAAAGGUAUCGGCGCAGAGAUGGCUCGCGCUACGUUCUCACGGUCAAUCAAAUUUUGGUUACAACCGAUCUGUCACAAAGUCUUAUUCGGAAAAAAGCAGAGUGAUGGUACCGCUUUCACAAAAGGCAUUGCUGGUGGUAUCGCUACUAUCCCCGAAAUGAUAGUCAUCUCCCCUUUUGAGAAUGCCAAAUUGGCAUUGCAACUGGACUCUACUGGUCGCUUUAAGAGCACUGCCGACGUUCUCUCUCAUCUUUGGAAGACUCGCGGUCUCAGCGGAUUUUAUCUCGGCUUUGGUGGCAUGCAAAUGCGACAGUUCAUAUGGUCUGCUGGUUACUUCAUGUCCUUGGAUAAGUGCAAGCUUGCUACUCAAAGAGUCUUCGGCAAAGACAGCACUCUGAGUGACAGCGUUGCGGGUUUCGGCGCUGGAGUCUUUGGCGUCGUCCUCAACUGCUGGACCGAUGUGGUCCGUACUGUCAUUCAGAAGAAUGCCAUCACUGAGACUUUCAACUCCGCCAUUCCUCGUCCUAAGUUGGGACCUCAUUAUUUCGCGUCCGGAGUGUCCGACGUGUUCAAGACUGCAGGCCAAAUUUAUGCCACUCGAGGUCUCAGUGGUCUCUAUGCGGGCUUCGUGGUGAAGUCCGUGUAUUUGGGUUGCUCUGGUGCCCUUCUAGCUGUGUUAGUGCCUCGGUUCAAAAAGAUGUGGGGCUGCCAAGUAGAUUGA